CUCUCAAACGCGUAGCUUAGUACUCGUCUCCGUCUCUGACCAUUGUGCCGACGCUAUGCCGACCUGCGGGGAGCGCCCUGAGGCGCUCAGCGCUCAGGAGGCGGCCAAAUCGUACCAUCUUUUCCUGCCUUAAUUGCCAAGGUGCGAUUGGACCUGCACAGCGACCACCAUGGCGGACUCUGGCCCCCAAUCGUACGGCGCGGUGAACAGGCCCAAGCUAAUCGUGACCGCGGAAGGAAAGAAGCUCGAUGAGCGCCUCGACCAACACGAGAACUAUGAGUUCGGCGGGCCAUCCGGCGUGCUGGCUAUCAUGACGGGCUUCCCGCUCUUGAUGUACUAUUUGUGGAUCUGUCUCUGGUUCUACGAUGGCAAGCUCGUUCACCCGACGUCGGUCGACGACAUUGUUCCCUUCCUUCAUCAGAUGUGGACGCAUGUACGCGUCGACGCGUACCCGACCGCGUAUGCUUGGAAGGUAUACUCUGGCAACAUCUUCCUCCAGCUCUUCCUCGGCUACGUCCUCCCCGGCUUCAAGCAGGAAGGCCUCCCCGUCCCGUCCCUAGGCUACAGGACCCUCACCUACUACUGCAACGCGCUCUCCGCUGUCUACGCGACGAUGGCCAUCGCUGCCGGCCUCCACCUCUCCGGCCUCUUCCGCCUCACCGAAAUCAUCGACAAUUACGGCCACAUCAUGACCGUCGCGAUGAUCUGGGGCUUCGGCGUCUCGUUCGGCAUGUACUUCAUCGCGAUUGCGACUGGGACGCAGAUGCGCAUGUCGGGCAAUUUCUUGUACGAUGUCUUCAUGGGCGCGUCGUUGAACCCGCGCAUUGCACACAUCGAUCUGAAGAUGUGGGCGGAGGUUCGCAUUCCGUGGGUGAUUGUGUUUUUCCUGGCCGUCUCUGGCGCUUGCAAGCAGUACGAGCAGUACGGCUAUGUGACACCGAACAUGGCCUUCAUGUGCCUCGCGACUUGGCUCUACCUGAAUGCUUGCUGCAAGGCCGAGGAAUGCAUCCCGCAGACUUGGGACAUGUACCACGAGAAGUGGGGCUUCAUGGUCAUCUUCUGGAACUUUGCUGGCGUGCCCUUCUCUUACGUAUACUCGGUCGUCUACAUGGCCUCGCAUGACCCGUCGAAGUACCAAUUCUCGACACCGGUCUACGUCCUGCUAUACACGACCCUUCUCUUGGCGUAUUACUGCUUCGACACCGCCAUGGCUCAGAAAAGUCACUUCAAGAUGCAGCAGCAGGGCAUCACCCCCGACAAGUUCCGCCGCGCUUUCCCGCAGCUCCCCUGGAACACCGUCGAGAAUCCGACGUACAUUCAGACCGCGCAUGGCAACAAGCUCCUCACCAGCGGCUUCUGGGCGUACAGCCGCAAGCCCAACUACGUCGCCGACUGGAUCCAGAGCUUCACCUGGGGCGCGAUCGUCGGCACGGCGUCCAUUAUCCCGUACUUCUACUCGGUGUUCUUCAUCGUCGUGCUCAUCCAUCGUUGUGGGCGCGAUUUCGAGCGCUGCUCUCGUAAGUACGGCGAGGACUGGGAGAGGUACUGCAAGGCGGUACCCUACAAGUUUAUACCCUACGUCUACUAGCGGUAGGUUGUUAGAGCUGAGCAGGCGGUUGUGUAUACAGUGGCUGCAUGUCUUCUCUCUGAGCCCCAAUGGAAGACAAUUAGUUCUUCUUGA